AUGAAUAAUCAUUCAUCACAUGAUUGUAGCUGUCAUUUAUCAUCGAAUAUAAACAAAGGUGUUUAUGAAACACUAGAUGAACUUGAUUUUCGUCGUGGUCUUUGGUCGUCUGCACAACAAAACGAUAUCAAUGAACUUCAUGAACGAUUAAAAUCAUCAAAUUCUAAAACUGUCAAUCAAUGUGAUGCUAGUGAUUAUACACCACUACAUUAUGCUGUUCGUUUUCAACCGGCACAUACUUGUCGUUUAUUACUUGAACAUGGUGCUAAUCCUAAUUGUCAAACUCGAGCAUCAAAAUCGACGCCUCUUCAUCGUGCUAUUACAUUCAAUAAUAUUGAUGCUAUUCGUCAUUUACUUGAAUAUAAAGCUGAUCUGACAUUAAAAGAUAUUGAUGGACAAACACCAAUAGAAAAAGCUAUGGCAAUAAACAGUGAAAUUGCAAAUAUUCUUCUUCAAUCACAGCAAUCAUCUUGA